UUUCAAUUUGAAGUAUUUGAAUAAUGUAUGUGGAGUGAAUGUCUGAUGUGUGUGGUCGUUUGGGAUGGAGUCUAACCUGUUUUGUAGCAUGGGUAAGGAAAAGCCUCAUAUUAACUUGGUCGUCAUUGGACACGUCGAUUCUGGCAAGUCCACCACCACUGGUCACUUGAUCUAUGCUUGCGGUGGUAUUGAUAAGCGUACCAUUGAGCGUUUUGAGAAGGAGGCCAACGAGAUUGGUAAGGGAUCCUUCAAGUACGCUUGGGUGCUGGACAAGAUGAAGGCCGAGCGUGAGCGUGGUAUCACCAUCGAUAUUUCUCUGUGGAAGUUCCAGACUGAGAAGUACUUCUUCACCAUCAUCGAUGCCCCUGGUCACCGUGACUUCAUCAAGAACAUGAUCACCGGUACCUCUCAGGCCGAUGUUGCCAUUCUGAUCAUUGCUGCCGGAACUGGAGAGUUCGAGGCUGGUUACGGAAAGAACGGUCAGACUCGUGAGCACGCUCUUCUUGCCAACACUCUGGGAGUGAAGCAGAUGAUCUGCUGCGUGAACAAGAUGGAUGACAAGUCCGUGAACUACUCCGAGGCUCGUUACAAGGAGAUCAAGGCUGAGAUGACCAGCUUCUUGACCAAGGUCGGUUACCAGAAGGUGGAGGAGCGUAUUCCCUUCAUUCCCAUCUCUGGAUUCAACGGAGAUAACAUGUUGGAGCGCUCUGCGAACAUGCCCUGGUACAAGGGACCCACUCUGAUUGAGGCUCUGGACAACAUUCAUCCUCCUAAGCGCCCUCCCGGUAUGACCGUGACCUUCGCUCCCGUGGGUGUGACCACUGAAGUCAAGUCCGUGGAAAUGCACCACGAGUCGAUUCCUCAGGCUCUGCCCGGAGACAACGUCGGUUUCAACGUGAAGAACGUGUCUGUGAAGGACAUUCACCGUGGAAACGUGUGCGGAGAUGCCAAGAACGAUCCUCCUUGCAGAGUGGAGUCGUUCACCGCUCAGGUCAUUGUGAUGAACCACCCCUCGGGUAUUCGUCCUGGUUACUGCCCUGUGAUGGAUUGCCACACUGCUCACAUUGCCUGCAAGUUCGAGAAGAUCAUGUCCGAGAUGGAUAAGCGUACCGGAAAGGUCCUGCGUGAGAACCCCGAUAUCGUCAAGAACGGAAAGUCCAUGAUGGCCGAGCUGGUGCCUUCCAAGCCUCUCUGCGUCGAGUCCUUCCAGGAUUAUCCUCCUCUGGGUCGUUUCGCCGUCCGUGAUAUGAGACAGACUGUCGCUGUGGGUAUUAUUAAGUCCACUGUCCGUGCUAAGUAAGGGGAAACGAAUGGAUUUCUGUACACUGGGU